AUGCUUAAAACCGUGCUACUACUUGACGGAAGUGAGGCGGUGAACUGCUCUUUGGACUACCUCCCCACGCGGCUGAUUGCUCUCCGCCCUCAGCUCAACAAAUUUGUGCACACCUACCUCGAUGCCAAUCCCUUAGCAUCACUCGGUGUCGUUGUGAUGCGAGACGGUGUGGCCCAACGCCUUAUCCCUUGCACAACGAAUGCCACAGACAUUGUACAAACUCUGGAGCUGAAGUAUUUUCGAUUUGGUGGCUCAGGGGCAAUGUCGUUGGAGAAUGGACUGCGCAUGGCCCUUUCCGAGCUGGUGGACCUCAGGCGGAUUGCAAAGCGACUGCGAGAAAAUAACUCGGGUUCCACUGGCAGCGACGUGCAGGAGGAUGUCACGUCGCGUCUUCGUAUAGUUCUCGCCUCGUCAUCGGUAACCAUUGUGGACCCACUAGACGUUUUUGCUGUGCAGAAAAUCGUAGCCCAACUUAGAGUGCGUGUCGACGUUAUUUCGUUCUGCGGAGCCGUACACGUUCUUCAGGAGGCUGCAGUCCUCACGGGCGGAUCUCUACAUACCCCCAUGAACUAUGAGCAUCUCACGGAAAUAUUACGGCACUUGGCGUCACCCGAAGGAGGAAGCGCCCGGCAUGUCGAUGUGCAGCCAGCUUUGAUCCAAAUCGGCUUCCCCAUGUAUGUAGGGGAUGAAGCCGAGGGGAAGCGCUACCUGACUUGCCCACAAUGCGGACUCAUCCAAACAUCCAUUCCGUCAACCUGCUCCCUUUGCAAAUUGCUACUCUUUAGCGUCCCACUAAUUCACGUCACCUUCAUCACGCGGAAUGAACUGUGUGCGCCCUCGCAAAAAGUCGAGCACGUUACGAAAAAGAAAACAACGGCAGCCGCUGGUGGUGCAGCGGAUACCGCGCGCUGUUCACUCUGUCAGCGAAAGCUGGCCGGUGAGGAUGGGGGAGGAUACUGGUGCUGUGGUUGUUGCCUUUGCGAACGUUGUGAAGCAUGUGAAACCUAUAUUCGGGAAAAUUUAGGCCUCUGCCCGACUUGCGUUGCCACCUCGUGA